AUGUAUGUCAAGCGAUCCAGAGACGAGAACGACGACAGGCUGAAGUCCCGAAAUGAGUCCAGAAAGGAAGGGAAGACUAAGUGUUGCUUGGAGGUCGAACGUUUGAAAAAGUUCUAUCCUUUCUUGAAGGAUCAAGUGUUUUACAAUGAUCUCCACAAUUUUCCUUGUGUGAUCAUGCCCUAUUUCCGACCUUUGACCUCCGAUGAGCGAAAGGCUGCACUCAAAGAAGAGAUUCGCACUUGCCUCUCGAAUUUCAGAGACGGCGAAAAGCGGCUCAAGUACAUGGAUGGCGAUCUUCGCUGGCGUCACAUUGGGUAUUUCCACACCCAAGAAGGAAACAAGUUGGUCAUGUUCGACCUGGCAGAUUUAGAAGAGGUGGAGGGACACGAUGAUGUGGAGGGACACGAUGAUGUGGAGUCUCAGAUCACGGCUCUUUCUAAACGUUUGCCGAACAACAACGUUGAAGGUGCAGAUCCAUGA